GCAUUAUAGCGUGGGCUGGCUUGCUGCACAAGAACUAGAGUAAUAGUUACAUGGUAUGGAUACCAUCGGACUUCCAUACGGGUUUAGCGUGUGACGACCUCCAAGAGACAUGGGAUGGAUAUAAGACUUGAUAUUAUGCCGAAAGGUAGACAUGAACGAUGACAACCCUUCAACUCCCCUGGUCUCCGACAAGUCGAACAGUUACAAAUACAUGGAGGAAAGCUCGGGGACCAGCGCGGCAAGUGCCCCGAAACCGGAAACAGAGAAGAGAGAAAGAAAUCUGGGAUCGAGGCUUGAGCUGAGGAAGAAGCUGAUCUUGAGACGAAGAUGGCUUGUGGAUAUCAAAUUUGUGAUGGCGAUGUCGGGGAUCUUGUUCAUGGUGGUUGAAAAUGAACUGUACUACUCCAAUAUGUACGAGAAAGGUACUGUCGUGUCUAUAGUGUUGAAGUCUCUGACGUCGAUCUCCACUCUAGUGCUGUUGGUGGCCGUCUGCAUGUACUACCACACGGGGAUGGAGAUCCGGAUGGUAGACGGUGGCGUGGACGACCCCCUCGUUGUCACACCGGUAUACACGUGGGUCAUGUUGGUAGCUGAACUUCUGGUCUGCGCCGUUCACCCAUUUCCUGGAGAUAUAAGAAUCGCCAUGGACUCUUUACGUGGUAUUAAAACGUCUUCCAGUAUUGAUGGAAUUCUUUCCGUGUUAAUGAUGUUCCGGCUGUAUAUUGUCGGCAAGUUUAUGGUGGUGCACAGUCGGCUUUUAACGGAUCCUUCUACUCAGAGUAUUGGAGCUGUGAGUACGGUUAGAAUAAACCCGUUCUUUGUGUUUAAGUGCGCUAUGAACAACCACCCAGGUUUGGUGAUAACUUUCAUUAUGUUAACGAUGUACACUGUGAGUGUUUGGGGAAUGAGGACCUGUGAACUGUAUUACACCCAGACAACUGAAGUCGCAAGUUUUACAGAAUCAAUGUGGCUGUCUGCCAUAACAUUCCUGACAGUUGGGUACGGGGAUCUUACACCAAACACCCACUGUGGACGUUUCAUCGCUGUGGUGACCGGUCUCAUGGGAUUAGGCUCCACCGCAUUGUUAGUGGCUGUCAUUGCGCGGCGUUUGGAGCAAAGCCGAUCGGAACGUUACGUUUACAACUUCUUAACAAGGAUACACCUGGAGAAUAAACGUAAGAACGCCGCAGCCGACGUGGUGAAGUUGAUCAUUAGAAUCUGGAUAAGAAAGCGGCAGUUCAACACAGCUAUAUCAACUUUUACUUUACUAAACUGGAAAUUACGUAACGCUGUUCGUACUAUGAGACUGGCUCGGGCGUCACUAGCCGAGAUUGACGGCACUUCAAUCAGUUUGAUUGAGAUCAGUCAAGUUAUGACGCGGGUCAACGGCGUCGUGGACGCCAUGCUGUCGUCACAGAACCAAGUGUGUCGACGACUGCGACUUAUUGAAAGCCAGCUUGCAAAGAUGCAAACCGCCAUGGGAGUAGAAACUCAUGAGAAGCCUACGAAGGAACUGAGACGUUCGAAAACUCAGGAUUAACAGACACUGUUGUAGAAUGUAUAGGGCCUGUAAGUCUCGCGAGUGCUACUUCCGGUACUAAGCUAGUUCCCGGUACCCUUUA